AUGCCCCUCGCCAUCGCUGACCUACAGCCCCUCCUGGGCCUCGGCCCCGACAGCCCUCAGCUCACGCAGGCGCUCGUCGCGCUCGCGCCGGACCAACAGGUGGAGAGAGACGCGAAAUCGUACCCGGACGCGACUUAUCACAACUACUACUCUCUCGGCCUGUCGCUCUGCUUCAUUCCGCGCAAAGACGCUGGCGGCGGCACACUCGAGCUCGAGAGUAUUGAUAUCUUCAACCCGACGCCAGAAACAUCCGCUACCGCGUCCGCCCGUCGUCCCGGCGCACCGCCGGCAUACACCUUCCCCCCGGCGCCUGUGACGCUGCGUUUCGCCGAGACUGAGAUUGUGUUUCCACCACGUAAACCCGGCGAGAAGGAGCUGCGCGUCCCGCGUCCCGACACGCUCGAGCUCAAGGCCUCCACGAGUGGCCGCGAGGUCGUACGCUCCCUCGGCGAGCCGAGCCGCAAGGGGUCCGGAGGGUGGGUCGGUGUGUGGCUCGAGUGGGGAGCUGUCGCGCUCAAGAGGGAGGAGAAUGGCGAGAGGGUCGAGGUGGGGCUCAUGCUGGAGCUCAAGGAUCCAAAGGGCUCCAACAGGUUGACAAAGGAGCAAGAGGACCAGGGCGUGGGAGGUGUCUGGGACCAGGCGAGUGGGUGGCGCUGGGCAGGCAUCAAAGUGUUCCGCCCGUCCAAGUAG